GGGGGGUCACUUUGCUUUGACUGCUGACUGCACUAUAGACCCCUUAGCUUCACUGGCAAAGCGUAGUCUCAUCUAUUUGGCCUGCAAAUGUGAUUGUUGUCAUUGCUUCGUCGAGACUGGGUCAGGAGUAACUUAUUUAGUUACUUAGCGGGACGGGGACUGUCCCAAAGAGAAGGGGAGGGAGUGUUAGUUGGGUGUCUGGGGGCUGACGUGACUGGGUGGUAGGUGUCUGGGGGCUGACGUGACUGGGUGGUAGGGAACAUAUCGCAGAAGAAGAUGACUUUAUUAUCCCAACGAUGUACAUGAACGUCAAACGUAAUUUGACUUCAGAAUGUUUAUCUGCCUACGCCCUCCGUCAAGUCGAGCUGAAUGUAAAGAUGACAGCAUACUAUCCUGUUUUAAUAUCCUUCACACUGAGGCGUAGUUAAUUGUCUGGUGUGUGUGUGUGUGUGUGUGCGUGUGUGUAUAUUUCUCUUAAGUGUGAGGUGUUUAAAAAGCCAUCAUGAGGGCUGUUGGGAGGAAUGUUCCCACUUGACAUUUACGUUGUUGCGGCUCUGCUCACAUGUGUAAGUUAUCAAGUGGGGAGGUCCUGUCUCGACCAAUGAUCAUUCUGAGAGGUCGGAGACUAGCAGACAGAGCUGUUUUAUUGAAAGUUUGAAAUAAAAACUUAGGAGAAGAAGGGGAAAUAGGACUAGGAUUAAGUGGUUACAUGUAGAGUAUGGUGAAUGUGCAUAGCCACUAAGUUGUGCCUGCAUCUCCUUCACUCAACUCAGACAAAGAGAUAUUUCCCUCUGAGUGAUCUUUCCCUCGGUUUGGAACUGUUUAGUAGUGUAUCCUUGCAGUAGCCAUACCACCGUAUUCAAUUAAGGAAUUCUAAAAGUAGGAGAAAGUGUCGCAACCAACCAAGCUAACGAGUCAUCCAGACCUUUGGACUCGCUGCUGCCACAUCCAAGCUUCCUAGCCAAGUCCUAUGUCUCAUAAGAACAUCUGAUCUAGAAUCAGGUUUGCCUUUUAGAACAAAAGGAACAAGAUUCCACAGACGGACGGGACGGACGGACGGGACGGGGGGCUGAUCCUAGAUUAAGAGUUGUAUUCUGACUACGACGCAGGCAAUUAGUUCAGCUUGGGUUCAUCUUCCCCCCUAUCUCUCCCUGUGGACCAGACUGCAAUUACGCUGCAGAGUAGAAUGCACGACGAGAAAGCCAAGGUAUGAAAGAAAUGUUAACCAAAAGUGAAAAGGCCGGGAGGGAAAAUACCAGCUCGCAUGCGAAACGACCACGGACAACUUGAGUCAGCCAGAGACUGUCGACAGCCAUCAAGCCAUCAGAUUCUCCAGGAUGCAGUUGUUUGAAAACUUCACCCGAUGGUGAUGCCGUUCAAGGAGAAACACUAGAGAGCGAGAGAGAGGAAAAAGUGGCUAAACGUGUCCAUGGAGUUUUCCAUAUCUACUGUAAUGUGUGGCAUGAAGUUGGGAGAGAAAUCCCCCUCGCUGCCAUGAAAGCUGACCCCGGUUGAGAGGGAUGCUGGUGGUGAUAGUUCUCCUGCUCAUUGCUAUAGUGGUGGUUGCUGUGUGGCCCACCUAACGAAGAGGCUGAGGGGAGCGUUUUGGACGUCGCACCGUCCGUCGGAUGACCACUGAGACUGCGUGGAGAGCCUACAGGGGAGACGAGGCGCAGAGGCACUUAUGCAGGUAUGUAUCAAGCGUGCUGAUUUAGGACCAGGUUUGCCUUUUAUAUUCCAAUUAAUAAAAUGACAUAGACAAGGCAGACCUGAUUCUAGAUCAGCACUCCUUGAAUGAGACGCUUGAUACAUACGGCCCCAGUGCUUCCAAGCCCUGGUAUACCCCUGUGCCCUGUUAAACACACACAUACACUAAUAAUGACACACACACGCUCAUCCACUUCCCUCCCUCUAUAUUUCCUCUCUCCUUUCCCCUUGUAUGAAAACCGGGUGCAUUGUAUUGUUCUCUACUGUACCUCGACACUUGGAGAGUUGAGCCCUGGCUUAUGGGGAACCAGCAACAAUGUUUUAUUUUCUUACGUGGGGGUUGGUUGGGUAAAGGGUAGCACUGACCCUACUGUAAGACCUCGCGGGGGGUUCUAUCCUAAUUCUGCCUGUGGGCUGAGAGGUCCAGGGUUCCGGGUCGCUAAUUCUGCUAGCUUAGCAAUUCACUCACACAUAUCAUCUCUCACAUAUCUAUACAUGAAGUAUUAUUAUUAUAUUUACCCACUAGCGGUUCUAAUGCAAUCAUUUGUCUUGGGAUUUGAUCAUGUUUACAGGAUAAUGCCAGCCAAAACACAUAACACAUUUUUAACAUGAACGUGAAUCAGUUUAGCUUAAUGCAACCUUGUCAUUUCUAAUAAACAACAUUUACAGUUAACAGCACAAUCCAUGGACUCCUUGGUGUAAAGAUAUUUGUGUUAUAUAAUAUUGGUAAUCUACUAAGGAUAAUGUACUGUAUCUAUAACAUACUCUGCGUUCUUCCACUAUGUCAAUUUAAAAGCCUUGCAGAUGCUCCUAAAGGUUGUGAGAUGCUUGCUUGCGUCGGUGUGAACAGUCUAGCUAUCCCACUACUGGUCUGUGUGAACAGUCUAGCUAUCCCACUACUGAUCUGUGUGAACAGUCUAGCUAUCCCACUACUGGUCUGUGUGAACAGUCUAGCUAUCCCACUACUGGUCUGUGUGAACAGUCUAGCUAUCCCACUACUGGUCUGUGUGAACAGUCUAGCUAUCCCACUACUGGUCUGUGUGAACAGUCUAGCUAUCCCACUACUGGUCUGUGUGAACAGUCUAGCUAUCCCACUACUGAUCUGUGUGAACAGUCUAGCUAUCCCACUACUGAUCUGUGUGAACAGUCUAGCUAUCCCACUACUGAUCUGUGUGAACAGUCUAGCUAUCCCACUACUGGUCUGUGUGAACAGUCUAGCUAUCCCACUACUGAUCUGUGUGAACAGUCUAGCUAUCCCACUACUGAUCUGUGUGAACAGUCUAGCUAUCCCACUACUGGUCUGUGUGAACAGUCUAGCUAUCCCACUACUGGUCUGUGUGAACAGUCUAGCUAUCCCACUACUGGUCUGUGUGAACAGUCUAGCUAUCCCACUACUGAUCUGUGUGAACAGUCUAGCUAUCCCACUACUGGUCUGUGUGAACAGUCUAGCUAUCCCACUACUGGUCUGUGUGAACAGUCUAGCUAUCCCACUACUGGUCUGUGUGAACAGUCUAGCUAUCCCACUACUGGUCUGUGUGAACAGUCUAGCUAUCCCACUACUGGUCUGUGUGAACAGUCUAGCUAUCCCACUACUGGUCUGUGUGAACAGUCUAGCUAUCCCACUACUGGUCUGUGUGAACAGUCUAGCUAUCCCACUACUGGUCUGUGUGAACAGUCUAGCUAUCCCACUACUGGUCUGUGUGAACAGUCUAGCUAUCCUACUACUGGUCUGAGCUUGGUGGUCUAAAGCUAUUCGAUCUACACCCAGCAUUCUUAGCCCUCUACUGUACUUCCCUAAGUCACACAUGGAGCUGUUGAUAGAAGUGUGUAUGUUUACGCCCAAGACUCCGGCUUCAGAGACCCAUGGCAGACAUUGAAUGAUUUAAGACGAUAGAGAAAGAGAGGCAGAAUAGAAAAAGAACGAGUCACACUAGUGGCGACUUAACAGGAGUUUAUUUCAACUGAAUUCUGGAUUUAGUUCUACCAUCUUGGUGUUCAGUAGUUAUUGUUUCCUUCUUAAAAUCACAAACAUCUAAACAACCACAAACAAGUAACAAAAAAAAAAGACAGAAUAAAAUCCACAAUGUCUCGUGUCAUUAAAUAUAUCCAUAUAUAAUAACCAUAAUAUAUUAGUACACAUUGUAAAACAAACAUCGCAAAAAAUGGUUUUGCAAAGGCCAACACAGCUAAACAACAUUUACAAUUAAAAAGUAUGAACAAAAGCAGCGUUUUGACAGAUCUGCGGUCGUAAUAUUUCAUCAAAGCGGAGGACAUUGUCAAUCCAUUGCUUGGAAUACUGAUCUAAAAUGUACAUCAUGGGGAUACAGAGACAGAAUGGGAAAAACGAUUGAGGUUUGAUUAUAUACUAUGUGCCAAACAGAAAUACAUUUACAUUUAAUGUCACGAGUAUGGAUAUAACGAUGAAAGGAAGUAACAUGUAAAUAUAUGUAUAAAUACGUGUAAUAUGUCAUCUGUAAUAUUUCAAUACACCAGCACAAAGCAUGUGUAUUUAUAUGACUGAUCUGUACACAGAGAGAAACCGUAUGGAACACAGAUGCUGGCAAUCAGACACUCAAUGUACAUCUGUUUGGUUUGAAAUUAAAGAAAGUUGUGGUUUUAAUUCAUUUGGGGAUAAUCAGGUGAUUGAAUUACAGGAUUUUCCCCCCUCCUAGUUCUCGUUUCGCCCUCUUCGAAUCGUUCUGAACUGAAUUAAUUUGACAGCCUUGUAAGAGACAUUGAAGAAUGUCUGCAGCUGUUGAAUAGCUGCUGCUACGGCAUCCAUAUUAGGAAGACCACUGAAAGGUUUGCUUGAAAUCUGAUGACUUGCUCAUAUGGAUGCCGGACACCACUCAAGACAGAAUUUUCAAGAACUCUAGAGUGGCAGGCAGUCCAGCUUGUAACAUGUAUAUCUUAUGCACAAGGGUGAGGUCUAUGGAUGGUUAAGUGGGGGGAGAAGGGGUAUGAAGACUAAUAAUGACUAAUAAUGCUUGUGUAAUAAUGUUUGGAACAGUCCACUGUUCGUCAGAGGUAAACUGCAUUCUUACAUUUCUCUUGCCUCAAUACAACAAGAACAUAAAUACUGUUCUUAGGUGUGCACUCUGUCCGUUCUCUUUGCUAAAAUCUACAAUCAAUAAAUUGAAGUUAAUAAUA